AUGUCUCUAGCUAUACCCCAGGCCUCCCAGUCAGGGCUGUUCAAGCCCGGCUACAACAGCUAUGACGCUGAGGAUGGUGCCGUGAUACGAAAUAUCGAUGCGUGCAGAACAAUUGCCCAGACCGUUCAAACCUCACUCGGUCCAUAUGGCCGCAACAAAAUUGUCAUUAACCAUCUGUCCAAGAUGAUUCUGACUUCCGACGCUGCAACCAUCCUUCGUGAACUAGACGUAGUGCACCCCGCCGCAAAAUUACUAGUCAUGGCCAGUCAACAACAAGAGGCAGAGAUGGGAGAUGGCACAAACAUGGUCAUUAUUCUGGCUGGAGAACUGCUCAAGAAAGCCGAGGAAUUAAUACGAAUGGGUCUAAAAACAAGCGAUAUCGUGUCUGGGUAUGAGAAGGCGCAGGCCUAUGCUCUGAAGUGCUUAGAAGACUUGGAAGUUGACACCGUCUCUGAUGUUCGGUCCGCCGCCGAGCUCAGCAAAGCCCUUCGCACUGUUGUUGCUUCAAAGCAAUCUGGCUCCGAGGAUCUUAUUUCGCAGUUGAUUGCCCAGGCUGUGCUGGCCGUGCUACCCAAGAAUCCGGCAAAUUUCAAUGUCGACAAUAUUCGCGUAGUGAAGAUCAUGGGCGGAGACCUCGCUUCUUCCCAAGUCGUUAAAGGCAUGGUCUUUGGCCGCGAACCGGAAGGUCUGGUGAAGCGAGCGAAAAAGGCGAAAGUCGCCGUGUUCUCAUGCCCGAUCGACAUCUCCCAGACAGAAACAAAGGGAACCGUUCUGCUGAAAAACGCAAAGGAAAUGAUGGCCUUCUCCAAAGGCGAGGAAGCCCAGCUUGAAAGCGCCAUCCGAGAAAUCUACGAUACGGGAGUUCGCGUGUGCGUUGCAGGCGCGACCGUGGGCGAACUGGCUAUGCACUACUUGAAUCGAAUGGGUAUCCUCGUUGUCAAAAUUAUGUCGAAGUUUGAACUUCGACGCCUCUGCAGUGUGUGUAACGCCACUCCUCUGGCCCGCCUUGGAGCGCCCAUGCCCGAUGAAAUGGGCAGCAUCGAUGUCGUCGAGACCACUGAGAUCGGUGGUGACAGAGUAACCGUCUUCCGCCAAGAGUCUGAGACAGCGACGACACGUACAGCGACCAUCGUGCUGAGAGGCGCAACUCAAAACCAUCUCGACGAUGUGGAGCGCGCAAUUGAUGACGGUGUCAACGUUAUAAAAGCGGUAACAAAAGAUCCUCGACUUGUUCCAGGCGCGGGUGCAACGGAAAUGCAACUUGUGGAGAGAAUCAGCCAUUUCGCAGACAAGACGCCAGGCUUACCGCAGUACGCCAUCAGAAAAUAUGCGGAGGCGUUCGAGGUUAUCCCGAGAACGUUGGCAGAGAGUGCCGGACUGGAUGCGACAGAAGUGGUAGCAAGGUUGUACACAGCUCACCAACGCCGAGUAGGAUCCAGCGAGGAGGUGAAACGCCGGAAACAAGCAAAUGGCGAACAAGACGAAAGCGACGACGACGAAGAUGACGAGGAAAACGACGAUUCCGACGACUCUGCCGAAUCUGAUGAAUCGGAAGAACCUUACUGGACAACGGGUAUCGACCUGGAAGUCAGCGAACCAUCCGGUGUGCUGGAUGCCCUGGAAGAAGGCAUCCUGGACCUGAUGGUGACCAAGUCGUGGGCGAUUCGACUUGCCACGGAAGCGGCGAGAACGGUUCUGAGCGUUGAUCAAAUCAUCGUCGCGCGGCAAGCUGGAGGGCCCAAGCCACCAGGGCCCAAUCCGAACUGGGAUGAAGAUUGA